GAAAAUAAACAUCUACGUGUAGCUCUGUUUUUUCGCGUAGGCCCGAGGCAAAGAAGAGAGAAGCGUGCUUGUGAAUAAACAAUCAUCUCCCUGUUUCUGCUAGUCACACAGCGUACUAUUCGAAUUUUUUAAUGAGCCUUGUGUCAGUUUCUGUGGUCUUCUCUCCUCUGAUCCGAACACUGUCUUCUCGUUUUCGUCCUGCGUUUUCCAUUCCUGAGUUUUGCCACGACAAUCCUAUGCCUUCCACAAAUUCUGUAGUUUUUUCUCCCUCUGUUCCGAACGGGCCUGAGCCUCUACUUGGUGCCCACGAUCGUAUUUUUUUUACCACGCAUUGCUUCCUAGUAUCACGUUCCGUUCAUUGCGUUUUCCCCACGUCUAAUCUCCACCGCCUAAUUUGAUCCAUUCAUUGCGUUUUCCCCACGUCACGUCACCAGGAACGUCACCCAGCAUGAUAUAGCCUCGACAUCGGCCAUUGACCGGGGUGUUGGUGUGUGGUCACACACUCGCACUGACUAACUCGCUAGAUUCGGAUCGAGCUGCCUGCCAUUGAUGGCGAUCUGGGAGGAGCUGCACUUCGUGCUGGUGCCGCUGGUGGCGCCGGGCCACAUCAUCCCCAUGGUGGACGUGGCGCGCCUCCUCGCCGCGCGCGGGCCAAGGGUCACCGUGGUCACCACGCCCGUCAACGCCGCGCGCAACAGGGCCACCGUCGACGGCGCCAGGAGGGCCGGUCUCGCCGUCGAGUUCGUCGAGCUCCCCUUCCCCUGCGCGCAGCUCGGCCUGCCGGAGGGGGUGGAGACCAUCGACCAGAUGACAGGGCUCGAGCCGGCCAUGUGCCUCAGAUUCUUCCAGGGCAUAUGGAAGAUCGCGGAGCCGCUGGAGGAGUACCUCCGGGCGCUGACGCGCCGGCCGGUCUGCCUCGUAGCCGACGCGUGCAACCCGUGGACGGCGCCGGUGUGCGAACGCCUCGGCAUCCCCAGGCUGGUGAUGCACUGCCCCUCCGCCUACUUCCAGCUCGCCGUGCACCGCCUGUCGGCGCACGGCGUGUACGACCGCGUCGGGGACGACGUGAUGGCGCCGUUCGAGGUGCCGGACUUCCCGGUGCGCGCCGCCGGCAACACGGCCACGCUCCGGGGGUUCUUCCAGUACCCCGGCGUGGAGAAGGAGCACCGUGAGGCGCUGGACGCCGAGGCCACCGCCGACGGCCUGCUGUUCAACACGUUCCGCGGCAUGGAGGGCGCCUUCGUGGACGCGUACGCGGCGGCCCUCGGCAAGAGGACGUGGGCCGUCGGGCCGACCUGCGCCUCCAGCGGCAUGCUCAACGACGCCGACGCCAAGGCCGGCCGCGGCAACCACGCCGACGUCGACGCCGGGCACAUCGUCUCGUGGCUCGACGCCCGGCCGCCGGCGUCCGUGCUGUACGUCAGCUUCGGCAGCAUCUCGCAGCUGACGGCGAAGCAGCUCGCCGGGCUCGCGCGCGGCCUCGAGGCGUCCGGGCGGGCGUUCGUGUGGGCCAUCAAGGAGGCCAAGGCGGACGCCGCCGUGAGGGCGCUGCUCGACGAGGAGGGGUUCGAGGCGCGCGUCAAGGACAGGGGCCUCCUCGUCCGCGGGUGGGCGCCGCAGGUGACCAUCCUCUCGCACCCGGCGGUGGGCGGCUUCCUCACGCACUGCGGCUGGAACGCGACGCUGGAGGCCGUCUCCUACGGCGUGCCGACUCUGACGUGGCCCACCAUCGCCGACCAGUUCUGCAGCGAGCAGCUGCUCGUGGACGUGCUCGGCGUGGGCGUCAGGUCCGGCGUCAAGAUCCCCACCAUGUACCUCCCGAAAGAGGCCGAGGGGGUUCAGGUGACGAGCGGCGACGUGGAGAAGGCGAUCGCGGAGUUGAUGGGCGGCGGGGCGGAGGGGGAGGCGAGGAGGGUCAGGGCCAAAGAGAUCGCCGCGGAGGCGAGGGCGGCCAUGGAGGAAGGCGGGUCGUCGCACUCCGAGCUGACGGACAUGAUCCGCUAUGUCACGGAGCUGUCCAAGCAGAGAAGCCACGGGAGCUCGACAGCCCUGCCUUCCGAGCUCGGAGAGUUGAACGAACAGGAUGCUCUGCUGUCGGUGCAAAUGGCGCAAGUUAGCAUUUAGGAUCUUCCGUUUCCCGGAAUAAGUUCAACGUUGGAUCAUGUUGUCUGUAUAUAAUUGCACUGGAACGAAAUGUCUAUCUCUUCAGUUCAUGAAUGAGCAAACCCCAUAGAAUAAAAUUGUCCUCGCCGCAACUAAUGUUCACGUGGUAGAAUGGCUUCAGGGUCACAUGUCAGCUAGCAAUGUAUUUUGUGUAUGUGUGUGUGUGAAAAACCUAGCACUGUAUUUUCCAUCUUUUAUCUGGGCAUUGAUGUCCGUUGAUUA